AUGCCGCAGAGCGGGAGAGAUGAGGGAUGGCUUCGUGCCUGGUGCACCAAACACGAUAUCGCUGCAGACGAGUUUCAACCGCAGUUACCAUUAAUAUCUACCUAUGUGCUGUCGACGCAAAAGGAAGACGAAGAUCAGGCCAAUCUCCUCCUCACCAAGGCCUCCGAAAUACGAAGAACUGGCGAAUCCAAAACAACUGCAGCUCCCGGGAAAGUAAAGAAGGACAGAUGGAGCUACGAGGACUACUGCGGUGUCCUCACGGAAAUCGUGAAUGCGUCUGGGUCGGUCGGAGUCGCAGAAAGUGUCUGGAACAGCCUUCAACUGCAGAAGCCGAAGAAGGCACGGACAGGUCGAUUCGCACGGCGACAACAGGCUGGCGAUGAGGAAACGGACGAUCUACUCUUUCUUCUCCUCUGCAGCACGAUGCGAUACAAAGAGACGGCCAUGUUCCAUUUCCUUGCCAACUCCGCGAGCUCCGAUGUAGUCAAUAGAAUGCUCCCAACUGCUCUGCAGAUGCGCAGCCAACGAAAUACCCAGAUUCUCCUCGAAGAGAAUGCCGAUCCAAACACUUGCUCUGAGGAAUUCAUAACACUCGUCAGGGGUGGAGAUGAAGAGUUUGUCCGCCUUUUGCUUCAAUCCCAAACGCCGAUCGAUCUUGCGACGCUCACCUCUGCUCUUCCUGACGCCGUCCAGCGUGGAAAUGUCGGAGUUGUCCAACUUCUUCUAGCUCACGGCGCAGAUGCAAACGCCGAUAGCGGGAUUGCCAUCGAAAAGGCCAUUCGGGCAAAACGUACUGAUCUUGCUCUACUAAUGCUCAUGUCUCCAAACCCUCCCCUGCCAGAGACUCUUGCGCCUAUUGUCUCGUAUGUCUUUUUCAAGAUGGAAAUUCUCCAAGACAAGAAAUACAGCCUCAUCGAGCUGCUUCUCAACGGCGGUGCCGCUGGCGGGUCCGUCUCGCUUGCUUUAGGAGGCGCAGUUCUCCAGCGCUGGACGGAGUUGGUCGACCUGUUUGUUGAUAAAGGCGUCUCCAUCAACUACAAUAAAGCGGAAGCAUACCGGUAUGCUGUGCACGAAGUUGAUCUUGAAACGAUUCGUAUUUUGAGCAGGGGGAAGCUUGAUGACGACCUGGCCUCGGAACUCUUCGGCGAAAUCGACAAUACGAAGUAUGGUACUUCGAUAACGAACGAAAAGUGGCAUGCACUGGCGGGGCUUCUACUCGAUCAAGGUGCCGCCGGGGACGUGGUUGAUGAAGCAUUGAUUCAACGUGUCGAAAAGAGAGAUCUCGCUGGUGUCACUCUUUUGUUGCGAGAAAGUGCUUCUGUCGACUACGCCAACGCCGCUGCACUUGACAAGGCUGUAGCAUCCGAGAAUGAAGAGUUCAUUGACGCUCUGCUACAGUAUCAGCCGGCCGCACAGUCCGUCAACACUGUCUUCGACCGGGUCGACAGACUCUCACCGGACGUUAAAUUGAGCAUAACUCGCAAGCUUCUCGACGCUGGAGCCAACGGGACUGCUGUCGAUAAUAUCCUUAAGAACGCCAUGACUCAACACACUGGGGAAAGGGACCGCGAGUUCAUUCAGAUACUGGUCGACGGCGGCGCCGAUGUUGGCCAAGGGAAAGGCUAUCUACUUCAGCUCGCUGUGCAAUCCUCCGACGAUAUCACUUUGCAGAUUCUACUUCUCGGAUUUCCCGUGUCAACCAUUCUAUCAUCUUGCAUACCGCUUGCCAUGGAUCUGACCGAGACCCAGAGAUACAAGAUAAUACACAUACUCCUCCACGCCGGCGCUAGAGGCGAUGAAGUCUCCCAGGCGCUCGUGGACAGCAUUGACGGGACCUCUUCUGGGUGUCAAUUAGCCUCCCUCUUGCUCGCCACGGGAGAGGCUAAUACUGGGUUCGAGAGUGGAAAGGCAUUCAAGAAGGCCAUAGAAUCCCCAAACAUCGACUUCAUCGAGCUCCUCGUACAGUACAACCAUCUCCAAGAAUCCGACUUUUGCGCCUCUCUCCUUGUCGCGAUCGAUCUCCUGCAACGGGACAGGACUCGCCUGGAGAAAAUCCGUAUCUUGCUCAUGAGUGUUCAAGAGCUGUCUGGCAGCACGGGACACGCCGCUCUGCGUCAUGAAAUGGAAGGAUUAAAGCGACGGGAUGACCAGACUCUUGGGGUUCUACACAUGCUACUAGAAGCCGGGGCAGAUGUCAACCACAACCAAGGUCGCAUCUUCGUCGAUGCCAUCGAGCUGGGCUUGUUCGAAUGCUUCAAACUGUUCCUCGCGGCUCAUCCGUCAUUUCAAUCACUGGAAAAUGCGUUUGAAAAUGCUCUUUCCACUGCCCUUCGAGCCAACUUACCUCUUGAUCUACGAUACCUGCAAGAGCUUCUUGCGACUAGUAUCCCGCAGGCGGCCCUCGACAAGGCACUUUUACGCACCACCGAGGAGCGCAAUGAAGAGCUGGUCCUCCUUCUCCUGCGCCACGGUGCAUCCGUCGACUAUCAAGACGGCGCUGCAGUGCGCCACGCUGUUUCCAAACUUGACCUCGAAUUGCUCGCCCAUCUGAUGCGACACGAUCCCGCUGCCGUCACGCUCAACAGUGGUUUCACCAAGGCAAUGACACUGCACGACAUCCGCGCAAAGCAUGACUGCUACCAACUUCUUCUCCAGGCUGGGUCAGUAUCCCAGCGCCUUCUCGAAGAGGCACUUGUUGCUGCUGCUGAUGGUGGAUGGAUGCACGCUGCAAUCUGCGAACUUUUGCUCGAUCAUAAAGCUUCUCCGAACUAUGCUACCGGUACGCCGUUGUGCCGCGCUAUUAAGUCUUCCAACUACAAGGUCGACUUGAUAAAGCUAUUCCUACGAUACAGCGUUACGGAAGAGGCUGUUGCAGCCGCGCUGGGUGCUGCCUUUGACACCCUACAGGGCGAGACGCGCAUUGCUACCGUUGAUCUUUUACUUGCUGUCCAGAAGCCGCAAUUAACCCUUGACCAGCUACUACUGAAAGCCGUACAUGCGCCUCACUGCGACCAUAAGCUUAUCCAGUGUCUCUUGAAAGCGAACGCAUCCAUCUUCUACCAAGGAGGUGAAUGUAUUCUACACGCCGUCAUGAUCAACGAUGUAGAAACGCUGCGCGUUCUUGAGCCGUACUUCCACGGACACUCGGGCGUCUCCGAAAUAUUCAUGACAGUAUGGGGAAAUGGAAAACGCGCAAACUCGCACCAGGAGGAAGCAGUUCUAUCAGUCUUGGUAGGUGCCGGUGCAUCAGGAGAGCCCGUGGACAUGGCAGUCCUGGAAAGCGUCAAAACCGUUUCAACUACACCAGCCGGGUUUGCCUUUAUCGUAAAUCUGCUGAAGGCGGGCGCAGAUGUCAACUACUGCGAAGGAGCCUGUCUUGUCGAGGCAGCAACGCAAGCCAACGUGCGCGUUAUCAAGGAGUUGCUCGCAUAUGGCCCUCGUCGUGCUAACAUGAGCCGUGCGUUUCCACUGGUCUUCCGAUCUGGUGUUGACGCACAGAGUCUUCGAGAGAUUGCUGUUGCUUUUUGUUCCCACAGUUCUGCUCCUGACCUCACCUAUGACCAUCCAACCUGCGGUCCGGUUCUAUGUCUGAUGCUUCAUACCUACCCCAACGAGCGAGAGCUGCUGCAGUAUCUCAUCGACAAGGGCAGCGUUGUUGACCCAGUUGUUAAAGCGACCCUGCCACUGUCACCUAGCGAAGAGAAAGUGUCAAUGCUCUGUUGGGCUCUCGCGCAGAGUAAAGCUGCUCUUCGUGAAGAUGUCGUAGAAAUUCUCAUCAAGUCCGGAGCGGACGUCAACUUCCAAGCACCUUUAUCCCAAAGCACGCCCCUUCAGCUCGCCAUCGUUGGCUCGCGCACGCAGUCCGUUGCGGCCCUCCUACAAUUCCACGCCGACCCUUCCUUUGAAUCAAAUGGGAUCUCACCUUUAUCCCUCGCUGCAUCGAUCGGCGACACUAGUAUCGUCCGCCAACUUGUUAAUGCAGGCGCUGCCCCAGGCGACGGCAGUCUCCACGAAGCCGCACGGAUGGUCAACGUCAGCGUUCUCCAAGUCCUGCUCAUCGAAGCCAAGCAGCGCGACUACCCCUGCUCGCGAUUCCAAGGACGCACCGCACUCGCCGAACUUUGUAUGACAGCAGGUAACAAACCAAUCAGCCAGCUCAAGGCCGCAAUGUCGCUGCUCAAGAACAACGGCGACUUCCGACGCAAAUCAAAGGGCAAGUCAGUCCUGCACUUUGCGCUGGACCAUCCAAACGCCAUACUUGUCUCCCAGGCCCUGCUGGACGUCUUCAUGAGCGAGUACGUUAACGACGACUUCAACGUCUUCGAGGACGGCCCGUACCGCUACUCCCCGCUUGCAUAUGUCUCGCGCGGUUUAAACAAGGCACCACCCACCCAGCGCACCGGCCUCAUCGACCUCCUCCUAGAAUUCGAAUGCCGCGAUCGCUUCUGGGCAGCCGAGGGCGAGCAACCAGUCGACAUGGUCGGCGCACCCGAGGAGAUCAUGCGCACGCUGAAAACCCAGAAACAGCGCCAGGUGCGCAUCCAGGAGGAACACGAAGACCACGAGCGCCGCCUCAUGCACCGACGCGCUGAGCAGGCCGAGGAACUAUCUAGCCUCAGAGCGCGCCAUAAUCUCACCCUAGACCAUACGAGGGAAGUUGCCAGCGAAACCGCGCGCCUUGAGCAUGAGACUGCCUCCCGCCAGGCAACCAUCGCGUCGCAGCGCUAUGAUGCUGAACUGGCAUACAUGCAACGGGUGACCGACCUUGCGAACCGACGGAAAGAUGACUCCAAUUACCGGGAAGUCGAGCACCGGCGACAACUAGCGCUGAUGGAAAAUUCACAGCGCGACGAGAGUUAUGGUAUUGAGAAACAGCGUCGCGAGGAAGAGGCUGCUUUUGUGCAGCACCGCGAGAGACUCUUAACCUCCGGGUAUGAGGAUCGAGCGAGGAUUGAUCGUGAUCGGUAUGCGGAGCAGAUGCGUCUGUUUGAUGCGCAGAAGGGCAUCAUGGAGAUGAAUGCCAGGCCGAAGGUUGUGAAGCAGAUUGCCUAUGAGGCGGAUUCGUUGGAUUGA